CUAGCUAGUUCAAAGCUUUAGCUUUAGCUAGCUACUAGUGCAUGCAUCAUCUCCUAUUUUCACUUCUCUCUCACAUGCAUUAUGCAUAUUAAAAUGAUCACUACAAAGAAACUAAGCUACCACAAAGAUGAUCAAUGCAUGCGCACAUGCAUGUUACCAAAAACUAGCUAGUUAAUCAUUAAGAGUCAAUAAUUUAUGCUCUGGCUAAGCUAGCCCCUAGCCCCUAUCCAACAUUUCCAAAUCACUAAGUAAAAACAAACACAAACCUCUAAACUUCCAUCCCCUUCAUCAUCAUCACAAGCUCUCAUAUAGCUAGGCAGAUUCUUCAGAACAAUUUAAUGUCAUUUUUUUCCUUUUUAAAAUAUAUAUAUAGCACUGUACAUGCAUACAUAUAUAAAAUGAAUUAGUUGGUGUUUAUUUCUUGAAUGGGGAAGUUGAGAUUUGGUAAGAUGUUAGACAGUUUGUGUCUUUCCUCUGGGUCAUCUGGAGGGUGUUGUUUUUGCAUCAAUGGUUUUGAUGAAAGUCAAGUUGCUAUGGUUGACUAUGAGAAAAGGCCACUCAUGGAUAAUCCCUCCAAGGAUGGGCAUCAGCUUGCUAAUAGGCUGAAAGAUGUUAUUUCUGAUGGACCUCACACCUUAGCUUUUCAGCUCAAGCCUAAGAUGGUGGUCCUCAGGGUCUCCAUGCACUGCUGUGGUUGCGCCAAGAAAGUGGAGAAACACAUAUCUAAGAUGGAAGGAGUGACAUCGUACCAAGUGGACUUGGAAACGAAGAUGGUGGUUGUAAUAGGAGACAUCGUCCCUUUUGAAGUGUUGGAGAGUGUUUCCAAAGUGAAAAACGCCGAGCUAUGGACCAAUUAAUACUGCUGCCUCCGUUUAAUCUGUCUCCAAUGCCUGUACCUGCUUUUUAAUGUACAAGCAUUGUACCGUACGUUACACCUUACACCCAACAUAAUUAAAGUUUGAUUGUACAAAAUAUUAUGUAUAAAUAAAUUUUCAAAUGAUGAUACAUUCUAUACAUGUGUCCUCCAAAUUUAAAAAGUAGUCUAUGCAACAUCCUCAUAGAUUAUUUGAGGAGUAAGUUGUUGAUGUAGCUUUAAUUAGGGGAUCAUAAUUUUGUGGCGAAGAUUAUUUGGUGAUAUUAUUUCAAAAAAU